CUACAAGGUAUUCUCUUCUAUUUUCUCUCAAUUUCUCAAAUCACACAGAAGAAAUGGCUUUCCACACUCGCUCUAACAGCUUCCCCUCAAGGCCACACCCGAUCGCUCAACAAGUUGGUGAACUUUUGUGCAGAUUGAGGUCUUCUGAGGCCACCUCUACAUCUUCAUCAUCCAUCAGCCACAAGCUAAAUGGUUUACAAGAUUUGCAAGAUUGUGUUGAUAGGUUGCUUCAGUUGCCCCUCAAUCAACAAGCCUUAGCCCAAGAGCAAAAUGAGAAAUACACUAAUGAGCUAUUAGAUGGCUCUAUCAGACUGUUGGAUGUUUGUGCCAUUGCCAAGGAUGCCGUCUUGCAAACCAAGGAAUGCAUAUUGGAUCUUCAAUCAAUCAUACGAAGAACACGAGGAGGUGAAUCUGGAACUCUCACAAGUGAGGUUAACAAAUACUUAAGCUCCAGGAAGAUUUUGAAUAGGGCAAUUCAAAAGGCUUUGAAGAAUCUAAAGGGCAUUAAAAACCGAUCCACCUUAUCUUCCCUCAACAAGGACCAAGAGACUAUUGACAUUGUUAUUAAGUUGAGAGAUGUCGAAACAGUCACCAUCAUGGUGCUUGAAUCAGUACUGUCCUUCAUCUCCGGGCCAAAGUCAAAGCCAAGCAGCUGGUCAUUGGUCUCCAAGAUGAUGCACUUGAAAAAAGUAGCUUGUAACGAAGAAACAGAAGUAAAUGAAUUUGCAGAAGUGGAUGCUACACUCAAGACAAGCAAAUUUCAUCCCCAAAACCAGCUUGAAAAUCUGGAGUCAUGCAUUCAAGAUCACGAAGAACGACUUGAAGGCCUAUUUAGGCAGUUGAUCAAAACCAGAGUCUCAUUCCUCAACAUCCUUAACCACAAGAAUUAGAUAUUAAAUUUUGCACAUGAAAAGUAUACAUGUAGAUAUACAUCAUCUGAUAUCAAAUUGAUACAGUUUAUUGAGUAAAUUUUUACC